AUGCUUUCCUCAAUGGAACUCUACAAGAAGAGGUACAACAACAGCAUAAUGUUUGUUUUGAUAUAUGUAGACGACAUUAUAAUUACUGGGAAUUCUCCCAACAUGCUAAAGUUAUUCAUUGAAAAUCUGAAUUCUAUUUUUGCCCUGAAAGACUUAGGCCAUCUCAACUAUUUCCUAGGAAUUGAAGCUUACAGAGAUCGAACAGGUCUUUAUCUUAAACAAGAAAAAUAUGUUGAAAAUUUGUUGAGAAAGUUUAGUAUGGAUCAAUGUGCUACUGCACCUACUCCAAUGGUGGUCAAUUGCUAUUAUUCAAAAGAAGAUGGAACUACUAUGAAGAAUCCUACUGUCUACAGGCAAGCGAUUGGAUCUCUUCAGUAUUUAGUUACAACCAGACCGGACAUCAUUUUUGUUGUUAAUAAGUUGAGUCAAUUCCUAAAUGCACCUACUGAUGUACAUUGGAAAGCUCUAAAACGAGUUUUUUGUUACCUUAGAGGAAUAUCAAGACUAGCUCUGCAUAUCAAGCCUUGCGAUUUUCUUCAGCUGCAAGGUUUCUUGGACGCCGAUUGGGCCAUUUGUCUUGAUGACAGGAGAUCUAUCGGAGGACAUUGUGCUUUUUUAGGCGAUUCUCUAAUUUCUUAG